CAAAUUUCUUCCAUGUUUUGCAGGACUUUGGUGAAAUGAUUCGAACUAAAACUUUAGUUCCUGGGAUAAGCAAAUUCAAAAACAUAUUUCCAUCUGGAAGUAGAAUUGUUGGAACAAUGACCCCUAAGAAGCAAGCAAAUGAUGAUGCUGGAGAAGCCCAGAUGAAGGCGGAGAACAUUGAACCCCUCGUUGCUUUUAGCAGGCCGCCUCCGGUCCCUCCUUUCCUUGGACCUCUAGUUGCUCUUUCAUUGCUUGAAUCAUGGUCAACACGAGAUAGCAACGAUGAUUGAUAGCUGAUAUAGUUAAUGGCUUAUGCCUUCUGCCAAUAGAAGUAAGAAAAAUUUUAAGGUUUUACUGUGCUUGUAAUGAAUGUGAAGUCUUGUCUUGUCUUCUACCGUCUAUAUGUAUGUAGGAAAAGUGAAGUCUUGAAUGUUGUCCGAUGUCAUGAGUGUCAAACUGUGUACAUGUUCUACUCAUGGAAUUUCUUUAUAAUGAACAUGAAUAUUGUGUA